CCAAGGGUCAAAAAUUAAAAUGUAUUAUUUAAUUAUUGAUUUAAGUUGUUUUGGGAUUUUUCAUCACUGCUAUUGUGUAGUUUUAAACACAUUUAUACUAUAAAAGUGACUGUGGCAAUAUUUUAGUUACCUGACGCGGAUUACCAAUACAAAUCGAUGGAAAUUGAUAAAUGUUAUACGUUGUUAUUUGUGCAAGAACUCCUUUAUUCUUAACACGAUGGUCUCGAAUUUGCAGUUGCAAGAAAAGUACAACAAAAUCAGAAAAAAUUUUUGCUUUUACUUGGAUAUUCAAGAACCGAUACUUACUAGAUCAAUAUCUCGAAGACUGCAGGACAUGGGUCUGCGCGAGGAAGUGUUCCUGACGUCACGUGUAACCCACGUGGUGGGGGGCGCGGCGCCGGCGAGGGUCGCGCGAUGUGCGCGGCGUGACGGCCGCGCGCGCGCCGAUGCCAUGCUGCAGCGGCUCCGGCAGCCGCAACCGCAACCGCAACCGCAACCGCAGCCGCAGCCCGCGUACAAGCAGAGCUACGUGCAUCUUACCGUCCAGAAGGCUAUAAGUCUAUUGGAUAAACUGUAUGACACGUUCUUCACGGCACCACGUAAGGCGCAUGUCAACCUCUUCAGUAAACAUUUUCUCAAGAUUGAAUUUUUGGACAAACUAUGCAGACCGGUUUACAAAGAGUUCGAUGAAUGGCCGCAAAUAUCAUUAGAACCUGAUCCUCCGAAAGAGAAGAGAGAUAAGAAAGAUUCCCCGGAAAUUCCACUUAACGCUAUUCCUUCCAAUAACAACAUUUCGCAAAAAAUGACAAGAAAGAGUCGUCCACGAAUAAAAGAGAAAGAGGACAAAGAACCAAAAGGUGGUUACUGUGAAAUGUGUAACACAGACUAUGUAGACGCGGCCUUACACAGAAGAUCACCCCAUCACCUAGCCUUCGUCAGAGACCACACAAAUUUCCUCGCACUGGAUUCUCUAAUAACCUCUGGUGCUGAUGUCUCUACUUUUCUGGACAAAGCAACUCCUGUAAAUGGGGAGAGGAGAUCGUUAAGGAAACUGUGUAAUGGUGACGUCGAACCUAAAAGCAAAAGAUCAAAACAGUCGCAAUCACCCGACAUAAAUGGUACAAGUCCAAGAAGAAAUGGUUUGGACGAAGAGAGAAAACACAACACUAGAUGCAGUAAACGUACAAGCGAAUCCCAGGCUUCAGAAGAUCGCCAGUAUUAUAAAGUUGUAGGAGUCAGUACUAAGCUACGAUCCAGUGGGGGUUUCGCCCCAAAGAAGAAGGAUUCCCCACCUAGGAAUGGCACUAAGCCUUUAGUGGUGAAAUUCAGAAAAGUCAGACGCUCGGAAUUGUCCGUUUUAAGUGACGAAGCCGAACAGUUCAUGUUUCCUAAACGCGCUAGUUCUUCUAGCUCCACUUCUGAGGAUGACGAUGAGGGUGAGGAGGAAGAAGAAGAAGAAGAAGAAAAGGUUGUGAGAAAUACUCGGAGAAAACCAACACCCCAGCCACCGGUGCCUGAAAGGCAACGGUCAGCUAGGCCUUUAGCAUUAAAGGAGGAGUCCUCGGAGGAAGAUAGCUGGCCCGAAGACAAAAGAAGAAGGAAAAGACGAGGCCCAGUUGUAGCUCGACGGGGGAAAAAGACUGCCCCUAAAGCUCCAGCUCCAGUAGUAGAAUCUCCAAUCUUACACCCAGAUCCUGCGCCACCAGAGGUUGAAGCACCAGCAGAAGUUGAAAUUGCAGUGAGCCCACUAAGGGAGGAUCCAGUAGAGAAGUGCAUGAAAUGGGAGGACGGCAAACUGAAGUACACACCGGCUGUUGAACAGUUGGAGUUUGCGUUUGAAUGUGUUCCCCACAGUGAACCUUGGUUUGAGACGUUCAAACGUCAGGACCAAGAUAAGCUGGUUACAAAAAAUGUGCCUCAAUACUUUGAAUUAUAUUCAAAAUCAGCAAAAUUACCGUACGAAAUUGGUCAGUUACCACCGUUAAAACCAAACUGUUGUCCUCUAAGCGACUUAGUCAAAAGAGAGGAGAAACCUGGACCUUCAAGAUCCUAUGGCACGAGAGGAAUGAAGAAACAAAGAAUAAAGAAAAGGACAGCUGCUUUAAUAGCAUUAGAAAGUCACCCAAGGAAGUCUCCAAGAGAACAUGCAUCAACUUUAGCUAUCCUAGGUUCUGCUGGGUUACUGCAAAGACGAAAAAAUGGUGAUGACGCAAAGUCAACAGCUUCCGAGGAUACUAUGAGUGAUGUUCCUCUAAUUAUGAAGGUGGAACCUGUAUUGUCUGAGACGCAAGAAGCCUCUGAGAGACUUCAGCAAUUCCUGUCUGAAGUAUUCGAAGAACCCACAGACUAUGAUGUCUCAGAUAGUUUCGUAGGUGACGAAACUACAGUUAUAGCAGCAAAAAACCUACCAGAUAUGUCAAGUUUAGUUUCCGAAUGUGAAGACUGUGACAUAAUACGGAACGAAAUCAAACAAUCUUCAGUUAACCGCGGACGAUUGAGACGCGGCAAGUUCAAGAAGAAGAAUAAAACCGGGUGGCCGAAUAAAAAACGACAAAAUAAAAAGGACUCUAGAACAAACAGUAUGGAGUUUGAGACAACUGAGAGUAGUCUAGACCGGUCGUCGGCUGAACCGCCCGAAGAUGAAACGACACAAGACACAAUGAGUGAAGAAACUCUUUCAGAAACUGAAAAGGAAGAUGAUACAUUAACUGAAGAUACUUUGCAGGUUGGCGAUGAAUUGCAGAAAUCUUCAAAUUUAGUGACAGAGAAAACAAUACCAAUGGAAGUAGACCAAGACCAAACAUUAACCCAAACAGAUGAUCAUUCAUUAAAGUUGGACUUGAAAGUGGUUGUGCAUGACAAUGAGAAGUCUCCUUCAAAAGUUGAGAGUGACAAAGACGAUAAUAAUACGUCUCGGUCAUCCACUUCUGAUGGGGAAGAUAGAGAAGAGAAGGCGAUAAGGAAAAACAGGGUUUUACAAGGGCUAUUAUUACAGCCUAUUGUAAGGGUGGCGCGGGUUGACCCCAAUGCAGGCAGACGGCUGCGCUCAGCUGGCCGGACCCGCACUCAUAGGCCCAGCUAGCGUAUGCACACUCGCAUAAGUGGAUGACGCGUAAAGUGAAGUGCAAUUGGGUGAUAAACCAGUGGACAAUUAGUGACCAAUAUAAAAAAUCUUAUUAACCGCUUGAAAUGUUUAAGGUGCGAUUUAUAUGAAAGUGGCAAGGUUAACAGCUUGCUCUAUUUUAAGUAAAAUACUCAAUUAAUAACAUUUUUUUUUAAAUUUCUGUUUGCAUAAUUUUUAACAGAACAUGUGAUUAAAGAUUAAUUUACUAAGUUCAUGUAAUUAAUCCCCCAAUUAGAAGACUUCGUCUCGAAGUCUUUUAAAACAUUUUUUUGUAUAUGGAUCUUGAAACUAAAUUGACACAAUCCAAAAACGAUGCUAUCCUUUUUCUUUUAGCGAACAUUUCUUUAGACAUUAAACCAGAAUCAAGAAUAGAAUUGGUUAGCAUUCUUGCCACUUCUAUGUAAACCAUGCUAGAGUUUGGUUUCGGGUUAAAACUGUUUACUUAAAAUAGAAAUGAGCAAUAAACAUUGUGAAUUUUUUUUUGCAAAAUACAAUUUUGUGUGCCAGACAGAUUAUACUAUGACUAACAUUAAUUUUACAUAGUAAUAUAAUAAAUCAAACAAGAACAUAUAAAUUUGUAUGUAGUCAUAUGGUUUUUCAUUAUGAAAUAUAUGUCUCAAACUAAUAAGAAUUCCUACAUUCAGCAAGAAUUCUUCAAAUAAUAUUGUUUCUUUUGAAAAACAAAGUUUUAACUUUGUUCAAAUAUAUUAAGUUUGUGGUCUUGUCAUAGGCACUUGAUUUUAUUUUUUUAUUUUAGGUGAAUGGUUCGGUCCCGCCAAAUUCGCCAUUUCGCCAAUGCUAUGGCCAAUGUUCGAAUUGUAAGACUUUUUUUCAUUAUUUUAUUUAUUAAACUUCACACAGGUUACAAAAAGAGUAAUAAAUUAGUAGUUUAUUUUGUUUAUAAAAACAGUGGUGAACAGUUUUUUACGUAAAUGUUGUACUUACAAUAUCCACUCAUUACAGCUUUUAUUGUUUUCUUUAGGCUUCUUCACAUUAGAUUCUAGUAGACAGUGACAUCUUACGGAAAGUUAACAUUUAUGAUGACAUAAAUCAUAUCGUGAUUAAAGUCAAAAUUUACAGGAUCUAACACAAUCAAAAAAAUAACAUUCAUACAUAAUUUUUCCUAUAGUUCUAACAAGAAAUUAGAUAUAUUCGUCGACAUGAAACCUACGAGGGUUCUUAUUGCUGGUUAACCCAUUAACAAAUGUCAAGAAAGUUAUAUUAAAAUAAAAUAAAAAAAAACUUGGUAUGAUUUUUUUAGCUGUCAACAUUUCCCAGAAAAGUGAAAAACUUCAGAGCAAUUCAUUGCCAAAAAUUGUUAUGCUUUAUGUUAACUAUUGCACGAUUUAACAACAUAAAUAAGCGAAGCUUUGACAAAAUGUCAACCUUUGGGAGUCACAAGUCUUUUUAAUGAUGUGAAUGAGCCUUAACAAUAUUGACUUGUUAACAAGAUAUCAAUGAAUAGAUGAUGCAUUUUUAUAAAAUGCAACGUAGUAUUAUUUUGUUAGGUGUUAUUGUAUACCAAUCACACAGUUGAGAAACCAUUAAAGUACACAUUUCCAUGAAGCUCAA